GAACACAAACGUAUACGCUCUCGCGCACCCACUUUACCUAGUGUGCAGUGUGUUAAAGAACAAGACCUGCAAUCUGGGGACGCGCAACAUCUGAACAGUAACACAAUGUCAGGAGUUAAUAGUGACCAGCUACACCAGUCCACUUUAAGCAUCUAUUCACAUCUGAUGGAACAGUUUAACCCCGGCCUGCAGCAACUGGUCACUUUAGGCAACAGUUAUGUCAAAGCUUUCCAAGCACUGGCACUGACAAGUGAGGCCUACUUUAGUGCACUAGCGAAGAUGGGAGAGCAGGCUCUACACACACUCUCAUCCCGCUCACUUGGUGAUGUGUUGAUCCAGAUCUCAGAGACACAGAGGAAGCUCACGGCAGAAGUCGAAGGAGUGUUCCGCUGGUUCCACAUGGAGGUGCUGCAGGCCCUGGAUAAGAACGUCAGGCUGGAUGAGGAGUACAUAGGCGGCAGCAGGAGAGUGUAUGAGCUGGAGGUAAGAAAUCAGGCGACGACUCUGGAGAGGCAGCUGAGACGGGGAGCGUACAGAGAUUCUCUGGAGGGCAGCGAGUACAUGCAGUAUUUGAGGCAGAGCCAGUACGAUAUUCUGAGAGAAGAGGAGAGGAGAUAUCGCUUUCUCACAGAGAAACACUGUGGAUUAGCACAGUCUCUGCUCUUCCUCUUCAACAAGACAGGGGCGUCGCUGCAGCAGAAAGCAGAGGGAUGGAAGGAUCGAGUGAACGAGAGUCAGAGCUCUAGGUCACGCACUCCUACGCCAUUAGAACAGGACACACACUUGAGGGCCGCGGUGAGUUCUCUGCUCCAGCCCGGAGACAGGGACGAGGCCUGGCAUGGGCAGGAGCACCAGUUGGGCAGGGUGCCCUCUAGAGCCCCGUCUCCCCUCCAGACGCGCUCUCGUUCCGGCUCGGUGAGCGAGGCCCCGGGCCUGAGCGGAGGUCAGUCAGUCCGAGCGCUCGUCUCUCAUCCCGCCUCUUCAAACCCGGUGCUGCUGUCAUUCUCUCGCGGCGACACGCUCACGCUGCUCGUACCCGAGCCACGCAAUGGGUGGAUGUACGGUCGCCACGACGCCAGCCUGCGGCAGGGCUGGUUUCCUGCGUCAUACGUUGCUCCUGUGGAAGAUCUCUCGUCGUUGAACUCGAGCGGCGUGUCGCUCCGGAGCCACGCAAUGAACAACCUCCUGGAGCCUGCGAGCCAAUCGGAAUCCGUCAAUACCAGAAACUAUGGCGAGAUGCCACCCCCGGCCCCGCCCCUUCCCCGAAGCUCCAGCGACUUUCGUGCCGUCUCGCCUCUUCUCGACAGGAAGGCGGAGUCUGUGUAUGAGGUGAAGGCGAGUCAGAGCUACAGCGAGAUCCCGGCCCCGGCGCAACAGGUUCGGAGACCGUCGGCGGAUUUCCGUCCGGUGUCACCGCUCCUCGACAGGAGGGCGGAGUCUCAUUUUGAAAGCAUGACCGGUUACAUCAUUCCUGAGAGGAAGGUGGAGACAAACCUAGAGAGGUCGAACCCUCACAGGCAGAUGCCAGAGCAUCCUCUGUUUCCCAGGGGCUCAAAUCCUUUUGCCACGGUGAAGCUCCGCCCCACGGUGACCAACGACAGAUCGGCGCCGAGGUUCCACUGACCAAUCACAGCGGGCGAAACCUGUCCCUCUGAUUGGCUCACAGACUUCACUAGAAUCUUGGAGACAGAAAGUUGUUUUUGCAAACGCUCCCUUUGAUCUUAUUUCCUAAAACAUGUUGUAUUUUUUAAAUCCCCCCAGGAUCAAACAUCUAAAAAACGUAAAAAUACACAAGCAUGAUGACAUCACCCCAAAAAAUCACUCAGGACUUGGCCUAACAUAAAAAUGAGGAUUGUUUAUUUUUAUAACUGACCUGAAAUAUACUUAGAAUGUUACGUAACAUGCCUCUACGUUAGCAUUACUCGCUUGCUAGUUUGGUUUCAAGGGUUAGCAUUUACUCGGAUAACGUUUUAUUAGCUCAUUUAAAAUUUUCCUUUGCUGGGUUAACUUUUAGUCCCGGUGUUAGUCCCUUAAUCUGCUAGGUGAGCGUUGGAUUACGGUCCCUUAAAUAAGAUUCGUCUUCCAAGAUUAGCUCAUACUUGUUAAGUUAGCUACCAAGAUUGGUUUAGAUUUCGUUCUCUCAUCUGCUCAAAACCCGUACUCCAGCAUUGUUGGCACUGAAAAAAUUGUUGGCAUUAGCCACGCUUCCUUUACAUUCAAUCACCAGUUUGGUGAAAUAAUUUUAGAUAGAACGUCACAAAUCAGUCACUGGGUUUAGUUCCUUUCCUUAGACUUCUGUGUUUUUUUUAUGUACCCAGUCAGUCACCAAGAGUGUGUUCUGUCUGAUCUCACCAUGUACACGUGUUAAGUGGAGAGUGUCAUGUGUUUAUGCUGCGUUAUAGCUUAGAUCUUGUGCUGAGCGUUCCGCUCUGAACACAUUAAGGCAUCGCGAUUUUCAAACGCUCAUGUCAGAGAGUGUAUGUGUGUGGGCGGGGUUUUUAUUUUCAUUUUUUUUGUUAUCUUACAAGAUGAAUAAUCAGAACAUAAAAAUGUUUCAAGUAUUUAUGUGGUAUUAUAUGCUUAGUGUCCUAGAAUGUGAAAAUAUUAUUAAACGUUAGUGUUUUGAAACAUUUGUUAACAUUCGCUUUAUCAGACAUUGGUAAAAUUUUGUAGCAAUCUGUAAAAAAAGAGAUUUAGUGUGUAUAAUUUAAUUUUGAGUUUAUAUGUGUUUCCUCUACAAACCUACAGGUGGUGCUCUGAACUACUGCCUAUUUGGUAGGCAGCUAUGUAUUUGUUUAGA